UCCCGCCCACACUCUCACGAGUGUUUCCACGAGAGAUCCUAGUGUUAAGUUCACCUCCAUUUUUAUUUCACCAAAAAUUCGUUCAUAGCCACUUAGUUUGGCGGAACAUUCACACUUCAUCGACAAGCUAAGAGGCACAUCAGAUCGUCCGUGUCUUAUAGAACUUUUUGACAGUAAACGCUGUUAAAAGUUUGGGAUGCUUAGAUACCACCACUAGAGAAUCUACCUGUGUUCAUUUUUCAAGUCGCUGUUCUUAACUGACGAGCCGGGCGCCGUUGGAACCGAACCCCAAGCCAGUAAUUGAGUGCAAGUCCGCGACCCGCCGACAUACAUCGCUGUCCGCACGCAUAGGAUGGUAGAAACUGACCCUGGGCCCAAGAAACCUCACAAUUGUGAUGUAAAAAGUGACCACCAACUAAACGGACCAGGUUCGAAAACCGCCGAGCUUGGCGUCGUUACUUCGCUGAAGUCACCAGUAAAGUUCGACCCAGAAAAGGGCUCCAAUACUGAAAAGGCUGACUUCGAAAAGGCUAUUGAACUAACUCGCUAUGGCCGCUUCCACUACCUGCUGCUGGCCGUUUGCGGUCUCGUCAGCACUUCAGAGGAGAUGGACGUCAUCUCCAUGUCGUUCAUCUUACCUUCUGCACAGUGCGACUUAGACCUUACAACGGAAACGAAAGGAUGGCUGAACAGCAUAAUUUUCAUCGGCAUGAUGGUUGGCGCGUACGCGUGGGGGUCCGUGGCCGACUCACUUGGCCGCAAGCGGGUGUUGAUCGCAAUUUCUUUCAUCAACGCUCUGGCGAUCGUCGCAUCUUCCUUCAGCCAGAACUAUGAACUGUUCAUGCUUUUCAGAUUCAUCAACGGUGCAGCAUUGGGAGGAUCAGGACCCGUCAUCUGGUCCUAUUUCGCAGAAUUUCAGCCGAAGAAUAAGCGCGGUGCUAUGUUAAGUUUUAUGGCCGCUUUCUGGACUCUGGGAAAUUUGUUCGUCGCUGGCUUGGCGUGGGUUAUCAUCCCUAGCGAGAUCGGGAUUCAAAAAGGUGCCUUUAUCUACAAUUCAUGGCGUAUCUUCUUAUUGGUGAUGUCUCUACCGUCGUUCUUGGUAGCCGCACUUUUAUUCUUACUACCUGAAUCACCCAAGUUUUUGAUAUCUACCGGACGUCAUGAAGAUGCAUUAGAAGUGUUUAGAGGCAUUUAUAUGAUGAAUACGGGACGUAGUAAAGAAGAGUACCCAGUAAAGCAACUGCUUGUAGACGAACCGCUGCAUCCAAAACAAGAAAAGCAAAUUGAAGCUAAUAAGGAACCAAAAUCGAAGUUGAGAAGAAUGCUAAGUGAUAUCGUAGAACACAGCAAGCAAUUAUUUGUACCGCCUAUUCUCAAGUUUACAACGAUCUCUAUCACGAUUAAUUUUACAUUCCAUAUUGGAUACUACGGACUGAUGAUGUGGUUCCCCGAGAUGUUCAACCGUUUCGACGAGUGGUCGCGCACACAUGACAACGCAGAGGCCGACAUUUGCCAAGUCACAGCAUACGUCACAAAGUUCGGUACACACUCUGCGGAGGCUAACUGCGAUUCCCACAUCAAUUCUGAUGUGUUCAUGGAGUCUCUCAUCACUGUGGCCGCUGCGAUACCAUCUAACAUCUUCGCUGUGCUCGGUAUGGAUAGACUUGGCAGGAAGUUCUUCUUAGUAUUCGCAACAUUCUCAGCGGGUCUGUGCUCAGCUGCGAUGUACUUCGUAUACAACAAGACCAACAACCUUAUAGUCAGCGCUAUAUUCAGCUCAGUCAUAUCCUGCGGUAACGCUUCCCUCGACUGUUUGAUUACUGAAGUCUUUCCAACCAACUUACGAGCUACCGGCGUCGCAGUAUCCAUGGUUGCGGCCCGUCUCGGUGGUAUCAUCGGCAACGUAGUCAUCGCCACGUUGCUGGACACAUACUGUCCCGCCCCGACCUUCAUAGUGGCCGUGCUGCUCGCCAGCGGCGGUCUGAUGUGCCUCUUCCUGCCUAACACCACGCGGCAGGCCUUACAAUAACGACGAGAAAUUAUACAAAAAUAAGGAAUUAAUUACCUACAUAUUUGAACAGCUGUAAAUUUUCUUAGAUAAUUAAAUAAAAAAUGAUAGAGAGGAUUUUAGAUUACUUUGGUUAAGCCAUAUUUACAUCUGGUUAUCCGAAACAGAGUUACCUCAUAUUUAAACCUUGAAUUAUUUGUAAUAAAUAUAAAAUACAGUAAUUUUGUACUAUUUUCUCAAUACAUAUAUGUACGUUUUUGUAAGACCUGCUGUGUUGUGAUAAACAUUUUAAGUAUCGUUGUAGAUAGUUUGUUCAUAUUUGUACAAUAUUUUUUUACUAUUUAACAGCGUUCUUUAAUUUAUGAACUAAACAGAAUAUAGCGUUUAGACUUUAGAGUGAUGUUAAAAUUGCGUUGUAACGCAUUACCGAGAUAAUUUUGCCAUUGUUAUUUUACAUUUUAAUGAAAGUAUUAUAGGUUAAGUCAUAAUCCGUACAGUUCUGUUGUUACUUGCACAUGUAUUAAAACGAAUUUAUAAAUUAAAAAUUGUUACCGUAGUUUGUAGAUAUAGAUUAGUUUAAAUCAUAUGAGAAUACAAAUUUGUAAAUUCUUAUAUUCUGAACACAUAGUAAUUUAAAAGAAGCAAAUAAUCAUUCAUGGUGUCAUUAGGAAAUAAGUAUAUAUAAAUAAAACGAUACAUUGAA